UACACAAUGCUAGACCUGCUAGUCUGAAGCUGCUAGUCUGACGCUCUAAUUGCUCAACAUCUACACAUCUGCCAUGGAUAAAACUAAUGAUCAGAAGAAAAUAUUAAUUGUUGGAGGAGGCUUGGUUGGCAGCUUAAAUGCAUGCUUCUUUGCAAAAAAGGGAUUCCAAGUGGAUCUUUAUGAAGCAAGAGAAGAUAUAAGAACUGCCAAAGUUGUGAGUGGGAGAAGUAUCAAUCUGGCACUUUCACACAGAGGACGCCAAGCUCUCAAAGCUGUUGGGGUGGAAGAAAAGAUUGUAGCCAAGGGCAUUCCAAUGUUUGCAAGGAUGAUUCAUACCCGUAAUGGCAAAAAAUAUUCUAUACCAUAUGGGAAGCAACACCAGUAUAUCCUGUCAGUUGAUCGAGCGAAUCUGAACAAAGAAUUGCUUGAUGCUGCUGAAAAAUAUCCAAAUGUAAAGACACAUUUUGAGCACAAAUUAAAUGACUACAACGUUGAGUCUGGCACACUGGUUUUUAAUGGGAGCUUAAAAAAUAGAAUGCACACAAAAGCAGAUUUGAUUGUCGGAUGUGAUGGUGCUUUCUCUGUUGUACGAAAGCAAUUUAUGAAAAAGACACGCUUCAAUUACAGUCAUGUAUAUAUUCCUCAUGGAUAUAAAGAAUUAAGCAUUAUACCAAAAAAUGGAGAGUUUGCUAUGGAGCCUAACUACUUGCACAUAUGGCCAAGAAAUACAUUUAUGAUGAUUGCACUUCCUAAUUUGGAUAAAACCUUUACUUGUACUCUUUUCAUGCCAUUUGAAGACUUUGAAAAGCUACGUACAGAGGACCAAGUGCUACAUUUCUUCAAGACAUAUUUCCCGGACUCUGUGGAUUUAAUUGGAGAGGACAAGCUGAAAACAGAUUUUUUCUUGCUGCCAUCGCAAGCUUUGAUAUCGGUAAAGUGCUCAUCAUUUUGCUUGGAUAGUAAAUGUGUUCUAAUGGGAGAUGCAGCUCAUGCAAUGGUGCCAUUUUAUGGACAAGGAAUGAACGCUGGCUUUGAAGAUUGCCUUGUAUUUUCUGAUUUAAUGGAGCAGUACAACAAUCAUUUUGAAAUCUGUGUUCCUGAGUUUUCCAGACUCAGGGUGCCAGAUGCCCAUGCAAUUUCUGAUUUGGCUAUGUACAACUACAAAGAGAUGCGUGCUCAUGUAAAUUCAAACUGGUUCCUUUUUCGAAAAUAUUUGGACAAUUUUCUUCAUACCUUAAUGCCUUCUACUUUUGUUCCUCUUUACUCAAUGGUAACUUUCAGCAGCAUACGAUAUCAUGAAGUGAUUUUGCGCUGGAAGUGGCAAAAUAAGGUUGUAAUUAAUGCUUGCCAUAUCAGGUAUUGCAUUAACAUUUGGAGGUUCUUAUCUGCUAAAGAAACAUCUGCCUCAUUUGGUUAAGAAGGAAAGUUUCACACAACUGGCUACACACUUAUCUAGGUCUGGAACUUCUUCUUUAA